AUGGAUGAAAUAAGUGAACAUGUGCCAAUUGAAGACAAUUUAGUUGCGCAGCAACAAACUCUUUUGUGGAAUGAUGAUUAUUUUUUGAGUAUAGCACCCGGUGAAUAUAACAGGCCAAUCAGUAUUUUAAUGGAUGAACAUGCGGAAGAACUAUCUUUUCCGACAAUCUACGGCGGUCAGUUUCGAACAUACAGAGAUGGUGUUGUUGUUACUCCAUUCAUGCAAGCUACCAGCGAACUUCGGCGUACUGAUAGGCGUGCUACUGACCCACAACACCUUUUUUACAUCGCUGCUAAAAUCAUGAGGUUGAGAGUUAUUAAAUGUGUCAACGUUGCGUUUAAGCAUGUUGGACAAGGUACUUCAAUUACGAAAGAGACCAUUCAAUCUGAAGAAUAUAUAAAUAAUUGUUUAGAAACAAAUCUCGCAUUUCUUCGCUGCAUACCAAAUUCUGCUUGGUUUUGGUCAGAUCGCAAAAAAGAUGUUUUUGCAAUGAUUAGGCAAUUAGGGCCACCAACUGCUUUUAUGACUCUCAGCGCCAAUGAAACUGGCUGGGAAAAUAUGUUGAAAUUAUUGUACAAAUUGAAAAACGAGGGAACGGAACUUUCAGAUGAGUUUUAA